UAAUCUUCGGAAUAUCUCGACGACAUGGCAAAUCCGGGUAAUAGGAUCGUUGUCCUGAUCGACAUGGAUUGCUUCUUCUGUCAGGUUGAGACCAAGUUACAACCGCACCAUCAAGGAAAACCUCUCGCUGUCGUCCAAUAUAAUCAGUGGGAAAUGGGCGGGAUAAUAGCUGUUAAUUAUGAAGCAAGAAGUUUUGGAGUAACUAGGCAUAUGAGAGGGAAAGAAGCUAAAGAGAAGUGUCCGGAUAUAGUUUUAGUCAGCGUUCCCUGCCUUCGUGGAAAAGCAGAUAUAUCCAGAUAUAGAAAAGCUGGCCGUGAGGUCAUCGAAGUUAUAAAAAAACAUUGUAAUGUAAUAGAGCGUGCUAGUGUCGACGAGGCAUACCUUGACAUUACAGAUAUUGUUGAUAAGAGAUUAGCCACAUCUAAAAUUUCUCCAAGAGAAUUAAUAUUGUCUCUGGCAAAUACAUAUAUCGUGGGAUAUUCAGAAGUUAAUAAAAAUGACGAAGAGAAAAGACGUCAAGGUCUACAAACUUGGAUAUUAGAUUCCUUUAAAGAAUUACACGACAUUCAAGCUCAGAGACUCGCUGUAGCUGGCGUAAUUAUUGAAGAAAUAAGAGAUAGUAUAUAUAGAGAAACCAAAUUCAGAUGUUCUGCUGGAAUUGCACAGAACAAGGCUAAUACUCUUUUUACAUUUUCUGUAUUUUGCUAUGCAUUAUAUUUCAAUAAUUUAUAUAUUAAAUUGAAUGCUUUGAUCAAUUUACAGAUAUUGGCAAAACUGGCAUGUGGAUUGCAUAAACCAAAUUGCCAAACGAUUUUACCCGAAGCAGCUGUUCCAACCCUUUAUUCGACACUUCCAGUGAAAAAAGUCCGAAAUCUCGGUGGAAAGUUUGGUGAUAUCGUGGUUGAAUCCCUCGGAUGUAACGUUAUGGGAGAUCUAUUGCAAUACUCCUUAGAACAAUUGCAAAAGCACUUUGAUGAAAAAACAGGAUUUUGGCUGUACAAUAUUGCUCGAGGUAUAGACGAUGAGCCUGUCACUAACAGAUUGUUGCCAAAGUCCAUUGGAGCAUGUAAAAAGUUUCCUGGGAAGCAAGCCAUUACUUCGUUGGAAGUGCUAAAGCAUUGGGCCGGAGAUCUAGCAAAGGAAGUCUGCGAACGGCUUGAAGAAGAUUUUGCAGAGAAUCAGCGACGCGCGACGUUACUCGUGAUCUCUUAUCACUACUAUCAGAAUAGAAGUACUAUAUCUCAAACGCGUUCGUUUGCUUUGAAUUCAUAUAAAUCAGAAAAAAUGGCGAGUCAAUGCGUGGACGCUAUCACCAAAUCUACACAGUACCCGGUAGCAUUCAUGGGCAUCUCUGUCACUAAAUUUGUACCAUCAAAAGAGAGUGGUAACUUUUUGAAAUUUUUUCAAAGCGCUAAACCGAAAAACGAAGAGAUUGUUACUUCAGAUUCAUUUGGAGAUGCAAUAAAUUUUAAUUCAUCUAAUUCAGAAAUGAGUGAAGAUUCGUCUUGCAUUGUCAAUAGUAAAGAAGUUUCUGUAUUGAAAACUGAAAGAGAAAAGCUUCAAAAAAUCGAAGAAUCUUCUAAAAAAUUUAACAAAAAAUCAGUCGCAAAGAAUAAUAAAAGCACAAUGAAAGGAAGUAAGAGAAUCGUUAAUGACUUAAAUGCGAGUGCAGAGGAUUCACCUAUAUCAAAAAGGGUUUCUAAGCUGAUCCAAGUGUGCAAUGAGCGUGACAAGAACAAGACAAAGAACAAACGUUUAUCGGGUAUGGUAAUAAAUAAUAAUGAUUUCCAAGAUUCAUUCUUUAUGAACAUAUACAAGACUGGAGAGAAGAAAUGUUACGAUAAAAUGGAUGGAAGCGCUGAUAUUGUGCAAGAAUCACAGAAAUGUAGGAAACAAUUGAUUGCAGAUGAAAAAAACGUUGACGAUGAGAACAUCGAUAAUUACAAUAUAGAUUUAAUACAAGAAAAUUCUUGUGAAAUGCCUUCUACGAGCCACGUGCAUACUUGUGUGAAUAGCAAUAGCGGAGAACUUACCGAGGAGAAUAACGAAAGAAAUUCCGUGCAAAAAUCUUCUGUGCAAUUACAAGAAAUAUUUCCAGAUUUGAACAAUAUAGAUCGAGACAUCCUGUCCCUAUUGCCGACCGAUUUACAAGAGGAAGCAAAACUGUACAUGAAAUCGCGACAUAGCAAACAGGAGAAGAUCAAGAUCGCUCAGGAAUUGUCAAAGACGGGAAGAGGAAGACCUAGCAAGGCUAAGAUCGCAGACAAGAGUGGCAAAAGGCGUAAUCCCUUGUAUAAUUUCUUAAUCAAAACCAAUCCGGACGAACACGAUGUACCUUUGGAGCGAUGUGCCGAAUGCGGUCAAAUGAUACCUGUGACAAAAUUCAGUGAACACGUGGACUUUCACGUGGCGCAAAACCUAUACCAUGAGAUUAACAAGCCUAUAUCAAGCAAGAACGGAGGAACAAAAAGGAAAUGUGAGGACGAAGUUGUCUAAGUUACUUUCAUGAAGCGUCAAACGUCAAACAUCUGCGAACCUAAUAAAGAUUCUCAAUCGACAACUACAUUCCUCUCAUAAUCGUGUAAAUGACAUUUUUAAAUAUUUUAUUAUUAACAGUUUAUCUACUAAUCACGAUGGUAUUACGGUUCUAUUGUGAUUGUAGAAAAAAUUGUAAGUUUUGUGUGUAUUUUUAUAUUGUAUAUUUGUUUAUAAUUAAAAGCUUACAUAUA